AAUAAUUUAGUGUAACACAGUAGUGUUUUUGUUCACAUAUAUGAAACUUCCAUUAACUUCUGUACCAGAAAUAUUCAUAUAACAAUUGUUUGUGUUUUCACUUCCUUAAUUUCUCCAUGGAACUGGACAUUGGAGUCACUCAUUCAGAUUUUUCUCUUGAUGAGUAUUGGUUAGCAUCAAAUACAUCUAGUGGAUAUCUUGAAGAUGCAAUAACUGGUUGGGAUAUUUGGUGUAAGCAACAUAAUUUACCAUCCAAAGAGGAUCAAUUACUUGAAGAUCAUAAAAAAUCAUCACCAUCAUCAUCACAAAAUCAUGCAGUCAAACAUGAAUCACCACCUCAAAGGAGUUAUUGUGCAUCUAAAGAAUCAGAUGAAAAUGAUGCCUCAAUUUCAAGGGGACAGUGGAAGAAAAUAGCAUAUCCAUUUGAGUUAGUGAAGCCUGGAGGAGUUGAAGGUGAGACAACAAUUAAAGAUAUAAAUCAUCAAAUGAUGAUGAAUCCAUCAAAGCCAAUUCCACACCCUGUGGGUGUACAAGAUUAUGUGACUAAUUCAUGCAUUAAUUUAAACCGUAGUUAUGGUAUUUCAGGAAAAGAAGUUGCAGCACUUACUAGGAUUCAAACUAGGGGUAGAGGCUCCAUUACCAUUAUUAGAACAAAAGGUUGAACUAUAGUUACUGAAUUUGACAAAAUCAAAAUAACACCGUAAUUUUGUAAAAUUACGGUGAUAUUUGUAUGAUUAUGUCAAAUUUUUAGCUAGUUUAAACAUUAUCAUAUGUUUGAUGGUUUUUGUAAUAUAGUAAGUUUUGAUAGUUUAUACCAUAGAUGGAUAAAUGCAAUGAGGAAAAAAAGUCAAAUGUGUUUGUUGUAAUAUAAAAGUUAGUUUGAAAUUUCCUACUAGGGAUUGAAAA